AUGGCUACAUCUGGAGACGAUUCUUCUUCUUAUGACUCAGUCGUCACAACGCGAGAGCCGUCACAACACGAUCAUCAUGGCGACGGCGACUGCGAGGUCGAGAAAGGAAAUGGGCUGGAGAAGUCGCUGUCGCAGCGCACUCAUCCAGCACCGACAUCCGAAAAUCCCCUCGACCUCGUGCAGAGCCAUAUCUCGCACCAGGACAUGCAUGCCACCACGACCAUCGCAUACCGCGAGGACAAUGCGGAGCAGUACCUGCGGUUCUCGCCUGCCCGUAAGGUGGUCAUUGUGAUUAUCGUCUCGUUCUGCUCCUUCCUGGCCCCGAUCUCAUCCACGUCCAUUCUCUCGGCCGUGCCCGAGGUGGCUGCCACCUACAACACGACUGGCAGCAUGGUCAAUGCCAGCAAUGCCAUCUAUAUGUUCUCCAUGGGACUGGCGGCGACGUUCUGGGGGCCUUUGAGCCAGGUCUGGGGUCGUCGUCCUAUCUGCAUCACCAGUGCAGCCUUGUUCUUCAUAUUCAGCAUCGCCACUGCAUUAGCCCCCAAUCUGGCUUCUUACUUCGUCUUCCGCGCCAUCACCGCGUUCCCUGGCACGUCAUUCUUGGUCGUGGGCAGUGCUGCCAUUGGCGAUAUCUACGAGCCUACGGCCCGGGCGACAGCAUUGGGGUGGUUCCUGUCAGGGACGCUGAUCGGUCCUGCAUUUGGGCCUUUUAUCGGUGGCGUCAUCGUCACAUUCCGCUCAUGGCGUGUCAUCUUCUGGCUGCAGAGUGCUUUGGCCGGCCUGGCCCUGGCCAUGGUGCUCGUGCUCUUCCCCGAGACUAUCCCACACAAGAGCAUCUCAGACCUGGCCGACCUGUCGCCCUGGCAGAAGGCGCGUGCUGUCUGGGACCGCAUCUCACCCAUCCGGGUCGUCGUCAUGCUCUUCUCAUACCCCAACCUGUUCUUCGCCGGCGUCGCCUCCGGCUCACUUGUCUGGAACCAGUACUCGCUGCUGACGCCCAUCCGAUAUGUGCUCAACCCGCGCUUCCACCUGACCUCGCCCAUCGAGUCCGGACUCUUCUACAUCGCCCCCGGCUGUGGCUACCUGGUGGGCACGCUUUUCGGCGGCCGGUGGGCGGACUACAUCGUCAAGCGGUGGAUCCGCAAGCGCAACGGGGUGCGCGUGCCAGAGGACCGGCUGAAGUCAUGCCUCGUGUUCCUGGGCGUAGUCGUGCCGGGCUGGGUGCUGAUCUACGGUUGGACGGUGGACAAGGCUGUAGGGGGUAUCCCCGUGCCCGUGCUGGCCAUGUUCCUUCAGGGCGUCGCGCAGCUAUUCUGCUUCCCGAGCCUGAACACCUACUGCCUGGACGUGAUGCAGUCCAAGGGCCGCAGUGCCGAGGUCGUCGCAGGGAACUACCUCUUCAGGUACGCCUUCGCGGCACUGGGAACGGGCGUCGUCCUGCCAGCCAUCGAGGCCAUCGGCGUCGGCUGGUUCAGCACGAUCAGUGCACUGUUCCUCGUGUCAGCAGGAGGACUGAUGUGGCUGACGACGAUAUUCGGGGCGCAAUGGCGACACAAAGUCGAGGAGAGGAACAGUCGAAAGAAGGCUUUGAACUGA